GAUAAUUCAAAGCAAUUAAGUCUAAACUUUCUUUUCUCUUCUUCAUUUCUUUCGAUCCGAACUAGCUUCGCUAGUAGAAAAAGAAACAAACACGGUAACAAAUCCUUUUUCGUUGUCCUUAAAAUUCGGUUAUCGGUUUCAGACAAAAGUCCCUAACAAACGAACAAAUCUAUCCCUAUUUCUAUUCAUAGAUUUAGAUUUCCCGUUUCCUCGUACACACUCACUCACCAACUGUGUCUUGUGUGUGAGAGAGAAUUAUGGCAUCAGCGAUGAAGAUUGUUUUUGGGCUCCUCACAUUUGUCACUGCCGGAAUGAUUAUCGAUUCCUCUAAACUAUCUGGACAAUUCUUUAGGAGUUGUGGAAUGAAAUUUUUGACUGGAUCAUUAGUUAGAAAUACAGGUGCGCUAUUACAGUUGUCAUUUAUUCGAAAGUUGGAAGAUUCAUAUGGUUCUGAAUCCUCCUUUAGAAGAACACUUGGAGGUCGGAACAGCGGCAGUGGUCAACUGGGAAGAGGUUAUUCUCAUUGGGCUUAUGACAAAGAAGCUGUAACUUUACGUAUUGGAUAUGUCAAACCUGAAAUAGUUAGCUGGUCACCACGAAUCAUAUUGCUUCACAGCUUCUUAAGUCCAGAGGAAUGUGAUUAUCUUAGGGCUAUUGCACUACCUCGUCUUCAGAUUUCUACUGUUGUUGAUGCAAAAACGGGAAAGGGGAUCAAGAGUAAUGUGAGGACUAGCUCUGGUAUGUUUCUGAGCCAUGAAGAAAGAAGUUUUCCCAUGAUACAGGCCAUUGAAAAGCGCAUAUCUGUUUAUUCACAAGUGCCAGUAGAGAAUGGGGAGCUCAUUCAAGUAUUAAGGUAUGAAAAGAAUCAAUUCUACAAACCGCAUCAUGACUACUUCUCUGACACUUUUAAUCUGAAGCGUGGUGGUCAGCGAGUAGCAACAAUGCUUAUGUAUUUAAGUGACAAUGUUGAGGGGGGAGAAACAUACUUUCCUAUGGCUGGUACAGGGGAAUGUAGCUGCGGUGGGAAAAUGGUUAAAGGCUUGUGCAUAAAACCUGCUAAAGGAGACGCUGUACUUUUCUGGAGCAUGGGGCUUGAUGGAGAAUCAGACCCCAAUAGCAUACAUGGAGGAUGUGAAGUAUUGGGAGGAGAGAAAUGGUCAGCUACAAAAUGGAUGCGAGAAAAAGUUGCAAACUGAUACAUUUAUGCUAGUAGUAAUACACCUGCUGUACUUUAACUUGUUCGCGAGUUUAUAGGUACUAAGAUGAUUCAAUAUAUAGCAUAAAAAUGAGUUUAGCUUCAAGUGCAGGUUUAGCAGUGGAGAUUUUUGUAUUCAGGUAUUCCAUCAAAUGGCAACUGAUCUUAUAGGAAAAACCUCACUGUAAAGUUCUUUAUUCAUUCAAUGAAUACAAGUCUGAUGAUAUCCAGUCAUCUUUCAAUCA